AUUCCACCCGUUUUCCCCAGGAGUCUCGAUCUCAGGGGCCUUCAUUGUUGCUGCUGCUUGACGGUAGACUGAUCGACUGGAGGAAUUGGACACGUUAUCUCAAGUACGAAUGAUCUUCAGGCUUCCAUUUACCUCAUCAUGUCUUCGAUAUUAUCAUCAUCAAGCAUCAUUUCCUCAGCGACCGCAGCCUUCCCAACAGCUCUCCCCACAGGUACGAUAUCCGCGCUCAUCGGCCACCCUCCCAAUACCACCAAUGACUACUACAUAGUCGCAUACCUCAACAGUGCCUUCGGCCGAGAAACUUCUCCUAUGAAGGGAAUCAUAAUUCCCCCUUUAGCACCACCAGACUAUGUCUUCGAGUCCCGCUCCACCUCACUCCUUAUCGCCAUGUCCAUAUCCAUUUUCUUCAUGUUCAGCUUCACACUCCUCCGUCUACUUAUCCGGCUCCUGAACCGCGGUUUAGUACUAGGUCUCGACGAUCUUUUUAUAGUUCCCGGCGUGAUCCUCGCUAUGACUUGGCCCGUACUACAGAUCCUAGCAGUCGUAUAUGGAGGCGCCGGAAAACACAUUUGGGAUGUGACGUAUGAGGAAUAUGGAUAUUUUAAAAGAUAUACGAAUUUAUCCAAGAUGUUCUUUUUUGUGUCAGUAGGAGUUGUGAAAAUUUCGAUUUGUCUUUUUAAUCGCAGACUUACUGCUAUGACGACGAGACGUUGGUUGUGGUUUAAUCAUGCCUUUUUGGUGUUUCUGGUUGUCUAUAUCUUGGUAUCCCUCUUCUGGACUAUCUUUUCGUGUGACCCUGUUUGGGGCGGUUGGGAUGCUAUAAGACUGGGGAGAGAAGGCGUAACGGCUAAGUGUUUUCCGGUGAGUACUCUGGGACCGGUUCUCAGUACCGUUCAUGUAGUUACGGAUUUUGGACUUCUGGCUGUUCCGCUCAUCGUAUUGUGGAAAGUGAAGAUGGGGUGGAGGACAAGGGGGAGGUUGUAUAUUGUUUUUGCUGUGGGUGGAGCUAGUAUGAUUGGGAGUAUUUUCAGACAGAUUAAGCAGGCGGAAUUGGAAUCGGAUGUAUUGUGUAAGUUUGUUGUUUUGUAUAUCUUCAUGCCAUAGGUUUGGGGGCGGGGCUGGGGCUGGGUUUUCAUUUUGCUGUUGCAUUUCUAUAAACUAACAUGCUCUAGGGUCCUUUAAAUCUCUAGCAGAUUGGACACUAGUCGAUCUAACUCUGGGCGUGAUCGCCGCCUCGCUUCCCGUCCUCUCGGCCAUCAUCCCAGCAAAAUGGAAAUCGGUGCAUACAUCCUCCUCCUACAAGUUUCCCACAAAUCACCGAUCGCAUCCCCUAUCCCAUGCAGAAAAUUACCCGCGCUCGAAAUUUACAGGGAAAAACGGAAGAGAUAUAAUGGGUGGUCGCAAUGGAAGAAACAAAGGAAUUAAAAGUACACCCAGUGGUACCUUUGGAGAAAGCGAGGAAAAUAUUGUGAGGACGGAUGUUAUUGAGUUGAGUUAUCGGAGUAAAGUUGAUGUGGAACAGAAAGAUGAAGAAGAAGAAGAAGAAGAGAAUGCGGGGAAGGAAGAAGGGAAUAGAGAAGGGUGUUCGGUGGGGAAGAUUAAGAGGAGUUUUUCGAGGAAGAGGAAUAGAGGGGAUUCGGUGGAGAAGGGGUUGGAUAAAGGUAGUGACUGGCAUGGGGGGGACUAUAGUCAUAAGGUCGAAAUUAGUAGGAAUGAGCCAUAAUCGGGAGAUUAUGGGGGGUGGAUUGAUUAGUGUCUAUGAUCUAUGGUCAACCAGCCUGGGAAAUUAAUAGGAGGAGGUUUAAAAAAUGGGUUCCAGCGUGGCACUUUGAUGGUUUUGAAAGGGAAUUUCGUGAAUAUUCGAAAUCACCUGGCGUUUUAUGGAUGGGCAAGUUAGCGGUGGUGGAAUAUACCAAUA